GAGGGGGGCGGCGGCGGCGGCAUCCUGGGCGGCGUGAAGAAGGGCGUGAGGCAGAUCCUCGGAAAGGCCAAGAAGGAAGGUGCGUCGGACCCAACGGCCGGAGGGCUGACCGGGAAGGGACCGCACGCAUGCGGCGGCCGGGCGGCUGCCAUGGAGAACGGCUGCGGCGCCGGCGCCGGCGCUGGCGGCGGCGCGUGCGGCUGCGUCGCCGCGCGAGGCGCCGCCGGUGCCGGCACCCUGCCAGGGUCUUCUUGGGCGCCGGGCGCUGCCGCCCAGACCAGCCCGCCAGCCCCGGGCGUUGAGGCAGCCCGGACCGCUGUCCUUCCCAGCACCCCGCCGGCUAGGCCCGAGCCGGCUGCCGCCGCUGCCGCUGCCGCCGCGCCAGCUGCUGGGGACGCCCCAGCAGCGCCGGCACUGGCGCGCGCUCUUUGGGCCCUUGCCGCUGGCCAGUGGGCGGCGGCGGCGGCGCUGGGCGCCCUGGCGCUUUAUGUGUGGCAAGCCGCGCCGGCUCUGGAGGCAGCGGCCGCGGCCGGCGCGGCAGCGUUUGAUUGCCAGCUGCCCUUCGCAUGA